CGUAACAUUCUACCCGGUUUCAUUAUUUCAAAUCGUACCAAAGUCUCUGUCUGUGUCUGAAUCCUUCCUGCUGAUCGGAAUACAUUUCACUCCACCACUAUAUAAUAAGAACGAUUCAAUAUUGGCCGAAGAAAAAGGCUUUGGUCUAUUCAUGGCGAUUCACAGAUUCACAGUCGCUUCUUUUGUUCUGAUCCUAGGGUUUCUGUCCAACGCCGCCCAAUCGCUACGAUUCGAUCUGCAAUCGGGGCACACCAAGUGCAUAACAGAAGACAUCAAGAGCAAUUCUAUGACUGUUGGAAAGUACUCUAUAGUCAACCCCACCGAAGGCCAUCCCCUACCCGAUUCUCAUAAGCUCACCGUCCGGGUUACAUCAACCUAUGGGACUAGCUACCACUAUUCGGACCAUGUGGAAUCGGGACAGUUUGCUUUUCAGGCAGUGGAAGCUGGGGAUUACAUGGCUUGCUUUUGGGCAGCUGAUCACAAGCCACAGAUCACGGUAACGGUUGACUUCGAGUGGAGGACUGGUGUAGCUGCUAAAGACUGGACUAAUGUCGCUAAGAAAGACUCAGUUGAGGCCAUGGAGUUAGAAUUGAAGAAGUUAUAUGAAACUGUUACAUCUAUUCAUGAUGAGAUGUUUUAUCUCCGUGAGAGGGAAGAAGAGAUGCAGGAGCUUAACAAAACAACAAACUCCAGAAUGGCCUGGUUGAGUUUUCUUUCACUUCUUGUUUGCUUAUCUGUGGCGGGUUUGCAGCUGUGGCAUUUGAAGACCUUUUUCGAAAAGAAGAAGCUUAUAUGAUAUAAGUCCAGCCCACAGUUUGCUUGUAGUUUUUUAUGUACAAUUUCCCAGUAAUUUACUAAAGAAACACACCCUCCUCUAACUAUGUCAUUGAUUUUACAAAUAAUUAAAAGAACAUUGUCAAAAUUGGCGUUA